UUUUUUUUUUUUUUAAGUAAAUUGAGUUUUACAUGACUACAGACUUGACGUCUUUUAUUCAAGUUUUUUAGUGAUUUUUACUCUAAAAAAAAAAAUUAUUUUCGUUAAUGACUCAAAGCUAUUUUUGUAAUUUUUGUUAUCAUUUUUUGAGUUAUUUUUAAAACUCAAGUAUUUAUUGUUGUAUUAAUUAAAAUUAUAUAGACUUAAUAAAUUAGCAAUUUGUUUAUAAAUAGAAGAAAUAAAUAAAUAUUUAUAAAAAAUGCCUGUUUUUCAUACAAAAACUAUCGAAAGCAUCCUCGAGCCUGUAGCACAGCAGGUUUCGAGACUUGUUAUUCUUCAUGAAGAAGCUGAAGAUGGAAAUGCCAUGCCAGAUUUGGAACGGCCUGUUUAUGCCGUCAGCAUGGCCGUUACAAAUCUUGUUAAAGUCGGAAAAGAAACAAUCAAUUCUUCGGACGAUGCAUUGCUUAAACAAGAUAUGCCAGCUGCACUUCAACGUGUUGAAGGUGCAUCAAGACUUCUUGAAGAAGCAUCUGCUCUACUGAAACACGAUCCAUACUCUGGACCUGCUAGAAAAAAACUUAUUGAAGGUUCGCGAGGUAUUCUUCAAGGUACUAGUUCUUUGCUGUUGUGCUUCGACGAAAGCGAAGUGCGUAAAAUAAUUAGAGAAUGUAAAAGAGUUUUGGAUUAUUUGGCUGUUACUGAAGUAAUUGAAACAAUGGAAGAUCUGGUACAUUUUUUAAAAAAUCUCAGCCCCUGUUUAAGUAAAGUUUCACGUGAAGUAGGUGCAAGAGAAAAAGAGUUGACUCAUCAAGUUCACCGUGAAAUUUUAAUACGAUGUUUAGAUCAAGUUAAAACUUUGGCACCAAUUUUAAUCUGUUCAAUGAAAAUUUUUAUUCAUAUAAUAUCUCAGGGUGGUAGAGGUGCUGAAGAAGCUGCAGAAAAUCGUAAUUAUCUUUCUAGCCGUAUGUCAGAUGAACUAAAUGAAAUAAUACGUGUACUUCAAUUGACAACUUAUGACGAGGAGGAAUGGGAUGCUGAUCAAUUAACGGUAUUAAAAAAAGCUCAGAGUGCCAUAGAGUCUCGUGUAAGAACAGCUCAUGAUUGGUUAGACGAUGGUAGAGCAAUGCAAGGCGGAGUUGGUGAAAAAAGUCUGCGACAAAUUAUCGAACAAGCAAAUAAACUUGCUGAUCGUUAUCUUUCGCCGUCACAGUCUGAUGCUAUGUCUAAACUAGCAUCUCAAUUAGUAACAAUGACUAAUGCGCUUUGUGAAUUACGCCAGGAUGGAAAAGGAACAACUGUACAAGCAGAAUCACUUGCUCGAGGAAUUAAAGAAAAGCUUAAUGAACUUCGUUCCUCUGUAGCAUCGGCAAUCGUUGCAGCUGAUAAAUCAGGAACAGCUCAAACUGCUCAUACUGUUGCUGGUCGACUAGAGCAAGCUAAUAAGUGGCUUUUAAAUCCCCAACAUGAUGACAAAGGACUCGGACAACGUGCCAUAGCUAUGAUUAUUCAUGAAGGAAAAAAAGUUGCUGAAGGCCUUCCAGGUAUUCAUAAAGCGGAAAUCCUACAGCUUUGCGAUGAAGUAGAGAAUUUAUCGCGUCAAUUAGCUGAUAUGUGUGCUUAUGGUCAAGGAAAUACACCACGUGCACAAGAAAUAGCACGGCAAUUAUCACAAAAACUUUACGAAUUAAAAAAUCGUAUUCAACAAGCAGUUGUAUCACGUGUAGUUGAAGAUUUUAUUGAUAUUACAACACCACUGAAACAAUUUACCGAUGCUGUUUUAAUUCCCGAAGGCACACCAGGACGUGAACAAAAUUUCAAUGAUAAAACUCAUGCACUUCAAAUAUUUUCAAAUCGUGCUGUUAAAACAGCGCGUAUGGUAGCCGCUGGUGGCAGUAGUGGAAAUAAAAAAUUAGCUGAAGCAUUAUUAAAUAGUGCUUCUCAAGUUGAAUCAUUAACACCACAGUUAGUUAAUGCUGGACGUAUUAGAAUGAGUUAUCCAGAAAGUAAAGCUGCUGAUGAACACUUUGAAAAUUUACGUCAACAGUAUGCAGAGACAAUGCAGCGAACAAGAGCACUUUGUGAUGAAGCUACUGAUAGUGCUGAUUUUAUUCGUACAUCUGAAGAACAAAUGCAGAAACAUACUUUCCUUUGUGAGGAAGCUAUUGCUAAACAACAUCCACAAAAAAUGGUUGAUAAUACUGCCGCAAUUGCUCGUUUAGCUAAUCGAGUUAUUCUUGUUGCUAAACAAGAGAGUGACAAUAGUGAAGAUCUUUCAUUUAUUCAACGAGUUAAUCAAGCUGCUGAUGUUCUUCAGCACUGUGUGACACCUAUGGUGCAAGAUGCUAAAGCUGUUGCUAUGAAUAUUACCGAUGCUCCGUCUAUUUCACAUUGGAGAGAAAGCAAUCGUGCUCUGCUAAAUAGCGUAGGACAAGUUCGCAAAGCUCUGCAUCUUGAUCAAAGAACUUCUCCUGAUAUUUCACAGCUGCGAAUUAGCGAUGAAGAUAAAGUGCCCCUACCUCGGCACACUUACUUUACAGAUAAAGUCGGUGAACCUUUGAAGAAUCAGCCGUCACCCAGCAAUUUGGGCGCGGUCAGCCCUACAUUUAAUACUGGCAAACCGCAACAUCGUUCCAUCAGUCCUUUGCCUAAAUGGGCACGUGGAGGAGAUAAUCCAGACCUACUAUACCAGGAACUUGCCCCUGAGAACAACUUUGAGAAAACGGCUCAAGCCGGAGAAAUGGUACCACCAAGACCUCCAUUACCAGGUGGAGAGAUAGCACCUCCAAGACCACCACCACCAGAGACUGAUGAUGAAGAUGAAAUGUUUAUGCAUGCACCUCAACCAAAUCAACCUAUCAUGAUGGCAGCUCAUGGUCUCCAUCAAGAAGUUCGUCAAUGGUCUAGCAAAGAUAAUGAUAUCAUUGCUGCUGCUAAAAAAAUGGCUAUUUUAAUGGCUCGUCUUUCUGGUUUAGUUCGAGGUGAAGGUGGUAAUAAACGUGAUUUGAUUGCUUGUGCUAAAGCUAUUGCUGAAGCAUCACAAGAAGUUACUCGUUUAGCUAAAGAAUUAGCUCGAGAAUGCACAGACAAACGUAUUCGCACGAACUUACUUCAAGUAUGUGAAAGAAUCCCGACAAUAGGAACUCAAUUGAAGAUCUUAUCAACUGUAAAAGCAACAAUGCUUGGUGCUCAAGGUACGGAAGAGGAUCAAGAAGCAACAGAUAUGCUGGUCGGAAACGCUCAAAAUCUUAUGCAAAGUGUUAAAGAGACAGUGAGAGCUGCAGAGUGUGCAAGCAUCAAGAUUCGUACCGCGUCUGGAAUGAAAUUACGCUGGGUGCGCCGUCAACCUUGGUACCAAUAUUAGAUUUGUGACACAAUUAUGUCGUAGAUUCGCUUCUGAGUUUUAUUUACCUCUGACAAAAUUUUUGUUUCGAAUCAGUCGUGGACAUGUGGUUUUAACUACAUAGACAGUUUGCCGUAGUACAGUAAUGUACUAGUGGCUUACGUUUAUUAACCCAAUUAAAUUUUUAUCACCACAUAGAUUACUUUCAGUUUAAUUAAUUCUUUAAAAAGUUAAAUUUAUAAAAUUUCUAAUAUACUUUUAUAAUUACUAAAUUGUUUAUUAAUUAUAUAAUAAUAUUAAUAAUAAUAAUUGUUGUAAUCACUGCAAAAUAGUUAAGUUUAAUCAUUUUUUCGGAUGUCAGGGUCCAUAACAUUAUUACACAUAAGAAUUAUUCUUAUUGUUCAGUACGAUUAUAUUGAAAAAUUUUUUUUCUCUCAUUUAUGAGAAAAAGACUUGAUUAAUUGUUUCGUCCAUUAUAAGAAAAAUUACAACUAAUAUUAUUUCUACAUAAUUGUAUCGUAUUGUAUUAAAAAUAAGUUGACGUCAUUUUAUUGUUUUUGCUAAUCAUAUUGUCAUUUUAUAUAAAUAUACAUUGGGAUAAAUCAUUUAAAUUAUUUAAAUACAAUACAUCGGCUUGUUGUGAGUUAAUCAACUAAAAAUAUUUUUUAAAUAUUUUAUAAAAAUAAGUCUAAACCCUUUUUACAGGCUUGGAUUAAAUUUUAUCGUACUGAAUAAACAGACAAUUUGAAAAAUGUAUCAUGUAAAUUUUUAAAUUAUAUUCAUGUGCAAUUUUCUGAAAUAAUAUUUUUUGUAUGAUAAUGAAAAAUAUUGGCCUUGAUAGUAAAUUAUUAAUAUUUUUGUAAGGUCCAGUGCAAUAACGUUGAUAAAUGUAGUGUUACAAUAUGUAUACUUUUUGCGAUGGUUUUUUUUAUAAUUCAAUGGUGCUAAAAAAUAUUAAAAUGUUAAAUUAGAGUAAAUAAAAUAAUUUUUUUAGAAUGUAAAUGCAAUAAUGUUUUUGAAAUAAGUUUCGAUUUAGAUAAAAAAAUAAAAAUAAAAGAGAUAACAAUAUAAUUUUUGUAACUUUUAGUACAUUAACUACUUUAAUUUUAAGCGUAAUAUUUUUAAAACAAAACGUAACAUAAAAUUUAACUAAAAUUUCUUAAAUGUCUUAAUAAAUAAUUUUUUUGUAAACUA